CCGGAUAAUGGACACCUCUACAGAACACCGCAAUCUCGUGACGCAGACAAGAUCUCUACUCAGUGAUCAGCGAGUUGAAAGGAGUAACACUCGCCUCCAGAACCCGAACAGACUGGUCGCUGCUACGAGGUCUCAUAUAAUAGUCGCUCCAUCAUGCGAUGGCUCUUCUGCCUUGUACUCUCCAUAUUAGGGAUCGUCUUCCUUGCGCUGUUGUACCACAUCGUCGGAUCUGGCCGGGCAGAACCACAUCUCAAACUUAAAGCAACAUGCAAACAUGGAAAUCUCACUGGGAUAUGUAAAAGUAAAAACUUGUGCCAAAGCAAUCUAACAAGUUUCAUAUUGGAACCUUGCAAUGAAGGCGAUCCCUCCCUUGUAUGCUGCCCCCUUGAAGAAAUGGCGCCUCCCAACAGGCUAGUUCUAACAGAAAGUCUUCGCCCUAAACGAACUCCAGGAGAAAAAGCAAACGAAAUGUGUAUGAUGUAUGCAAAGACAGCUCAUAAAAAUUCUUUUGGCAAAAAAAAAAUUACCUAUAUAGAUGCAGAACCGCUUAUUGUUGGUUAUGGAGGGAAAAAUGCGAAGGAGAAAGAGUUUCCACAUAUGGUUCGGAUAGGCGACUUUGAUAGUAAUUUGCUGGAAGUGAUUUGGGUGUGUGGUGGCAGUAUAGUGAGUCCACAGUUCAUUCUUAGUGCAGCCCAUUGCCCUGUAACAAAAGAUAAUGGUUAUGCUAUGUUUGGAACAAUUCAUACUAAUGAUUCACCUGAUAAUCAUACAGUUCAAAUAAGUGAAAUCUAUAUUCAUCCUCAUUAUAAUGCUGAGGAAAACAAUCAUGAUAUAGCGCUCUUUAAAUUGGCGACUCUGCUCAAAAGCAGUGAAAUACCAAUCUGCCUCGAUACUGGAAUUUCUGUUUUCAAUAGUAUGAGAGUGACAGCAACUGGUUUUGGAAUCGAUAAAGAACAAAAAGUAAAAGACGUUCUUCAAAAGAUUGAAUUAAAUAUUGUUGAUCAAGGCGUAUGUGCUACCCAAUUCAAACAAUCAAUUAAGAAUGGAGAAUUAUCAUUUCCUGAACAUUCUGUUUGUGCAUAUCAUGAAAAUAGGGACACAUGCCAGGGUGAUUCUGGAGGACCACUUCAGGUUCGUCAUAGAUGGCUUCCAGGCAUGUACAUUCAAAUUGCUAUAACAUCUAUCGGGGUCAACUGCUCUCUGAACGUAAACCUUCCUGGUGUUUAUACAAAAGUGUCUCCCUAUAUAGGAUGGAUAGAAGACAUUGUUUGGCCUGCCUAAGGAUCAGUUUUAACAUAGAAAGCAGUGUUAAAAAACAAUUGAUUUCCUUUAACUGAUUUGUACAUAUGUUAUUAUUUAUGUUUCGUGUGAUUAUUUAUGUUAUUUGUAAUUAUUUAUUUUAUGUGCGAUUAUUUAUGUUUUCUUAGUAGCAUAUUUAUUUAAAAUUAAAUUUGGUAUAAUUUUUCGACUAAAUCACUUGGUUUAAUUCUUCUAUUAUAAUAUGAAAGAAAAAAAAGUAAAUGGAUUUGGGUUGGUUUCCUCCUUAUAUAAAUCUUUUAUUAUCCGAUCCUUAUCCUUUUGGAACUCCAUCCCUCCCCACAUCCGUCGCUCUAAUACUCUCCCUACUUUUAAAUCCUGUCUAUUCAAUCACUUUCUUUCCAUCCAGUCCCUCUAAAAUUGUAAAUAGAAACUUCUGUAAAUAUGUAUAUAUAUUAUUAGUUUAUUUUCAAUUAUUUUCAUCUCAUUGUUCUUUCAUUUAUUUACUUUUUUCUUGAUCGAUUAAACCUAGAAGAUAACUUCUUUUUUUUUUUCC